GAGCUUAGAGCGUUUCACAGAGAGGAAUUAGCAAGGCGGAGAUCAGUGCAAUGGCGUCUGCAGCAACCAGCAGGUCAAUUCUCAGGUACAAGUAGACCUUGAAAGACCAUUGCCACUGGCGGCAGAACUAGAGCGAUCGACUCCGAACCGAGGCGAGGGCUACACCAAUACCCUACGAGCACUCUUCAGCAUCGACAUGAUAAUUCUCUUCGUUGCCUCGACAUGCGGCAUCGGAGGCACGCUGACAGUGAUAGACAACCUCGGCCAAAUCGGGCGGGCCCUGGGCUAUCCGUCCUCCACCGCCACCACCUUCAUCUCCCUAGUCAGCAUAUGGAGCUAUCUCGGUCAGGUCGCCUCCGGCUCCGAAACCUUCCUCUCCAAGUACAAAUUCCCUCGGCGCCCCCUGAUGUUCUCUCUCGUGCUCCUCCUCUCUUGCUUCGGCCACCUCCUUAUCGCCUUCGGCGUGCCCAAUUCACUCUUCGUUGCCUCUGUGAUCAUUGGCUUCUCCUUCGGAGCUCAAGGGCGGCUGCUCUUCGCCAUAAUAUCGGAGAUUUUCAGCCUCAACUACUACUCCACUCUGUAUAAUUUUGGCGCCCUGGCAAGCCCGGUUGGAAUGUAUAUUCUUGACAUGAAUGUCGCCGGCCGGCUUUACAAGCAGGAAGCUCUGAAGCAAAUGGAGGCCAAGGGGCUGGAAAGGCUCCCCGGAGAGGACCUGACGUGCACUGGCGUGGAGUGUUACAAGAAGGCUUUCAUUGUCAUCACUGCUGUCACAGUGUUUGGGUGCGUUGUCUCGCUGGUUUUGGUGAUUAGGAGGUGGAAGGUCAGAGAGCAGGCGGCGACAGCGGCGGAGGGGGCAAAUGGGGUAGUGUAGGUAAGGGAGGAGGCUUCCGGCAGCACCGUGGCAGGCUCUGCAAGUACAAAUUCUGACGGCGCCACUGCCGGAAUCACGUAUACCGCCGCCAUGCCCCACUAAUUUUAUUAAUUUAUGGGAAAUGUUUUAUCAAAUUUAUUUGAGGCAAUUAGAGUUGUGCUAUUUGUAGGCGGGUUUACAGGUGGGGUAAAUGACUAUUUCUCCACAGUCUCUCUCUCUCUCUCUCUCUAUGUCUCCAUAGUCUAUCGUGGGGUAAAAAAAUUAGAGUUAUGCUAUCGUGGGAAUCGUCGGCCGGCGGUGGUCGCCGGCGGCCGCUGUUGACGGCUGUCUCUCUCUCUCUCCACCACGUCGCCGUACAUACAUACAUACAUAUACAUAUUUACAUAUUGUCCUUUGAUCUUCUGCUUUAGUUUUUCUGUUUGCUUCUGUUGUUUUUUUUUAUGGUGAUGAUGAUUAUGAUUUGGGUCGUUGAAAUGGAAAUUAAAGAACAUCAUUUGUUUUGAGUUGUAAAAGAUGAU